CUGGACCUUUUAAGCCGGCACUUUGCAGAGGGAGGAUCCUGGGUUGAUAUACAAACAAACCCUCACCUAGUCCUCACUCAGCCCAACACACAGCUACAGCCCGCAGACUCUACUGCUAUUCCUUCACACAGAUUGCAUUAAGUUGAAGUGACCUGACAUCAAGAUGGCAGCACAGGGAGCUGGAAUGGCCAACAAGGGUCCCUCCUACGGCAUGAGCCGGCAGGUCCAGGAUAAGAUCGCCAGUAAGUAUGACCCCGAGCUGGAGCAGAUCCUGGUGGAGUGGCUCAGCCGGCAGUGUGGCUCUGGCGUGGGCAAGCCCGAGGCGGGGAAAAUCGGCUUCCAGGCCUGGCUGAAGGAUGGAUGUGUGCUGAGUGAGCUGAUCAACAGCUUGGUCACCGGGGACAAGCCCAUCAAGAAGAUCGGGAGUUCCCCCAUGGCCUUCAAACAGAUGGAGCAGAUCUCCCAGUUCCUCACCGCCGCCGAGAAGUACGGCGUCAUCAAGACGGACAUGUUCCAGACGGUGGACCUCUGGGAAGGUAAGGACCUGGCUGCUGUGCAGAGAACCCUCUCCGCUCUGGGCAGCUUGGCCAUCACUAAAGACGAGGGGACCUACCGGGGAGACGCCAGCUGGUUCUUCAAGAAAGCCCAAGAAAACAGGAGAGACUUCAGCGACGACCAGAUGAAAGCGGGCAAGAACGUGAUCGGCCUGCAGAUGGGAUCCAACAAGGGGGCCUCUCAGCAGGGCAUGAGCUACGGGAGCUCUCGACAGAUCCUCUGAAGCCCCUGACCCCACAGACAGCCCCAAGAAACCCUUCCUCUCGAGAUAGCUGGCUUUGUAGUCUGUGGUAACACCCGUAAAACCCUCCUAGUAACCCCCCACCCACUGUCCCUAGCAACAGCCCCACAUAGAUGAGCAACACCACAUUAAACCCCCCCCAACUCCCUCAGCUUCCCCCCAGCCUCUUCUCUCCUACGGAUCUCCUUAUAGGUUCCGCCUACUCAAAACGUCUUAACCAAUCCUAACAUCUUAACAUCUUCAGUGGUCUCGAUCCCGCCCACUCAAAACCUCUUAACCAAUCCUAACAUCUUAACAUCUUCAGUGGUCUCGAUCCCGCCCACUCAAAACCUCUUAACCAAUCCUAACAUGUUAACAUCUUCAGUGGUUUGCGGUAAACAGAAGCAGCGCGCCACGGCCAUCACAUGUUACUUUGAAACUAAGCUCAAUAACUUCCUUCUCAUGCACCAUGAGGACGAUGAGCAGGACACACAGAGGACCCCUACCACAUCAUUCAUUGACUGAACUCAGCAUUGACAGAGGUCAAGGCGUCUUUAAAUCCAGCCCCGCAAAUAAUGAUUAUAAUAUCCGUAUUGAACAUAGUUCAAUGCGGAAUGAGAGGACAGAGGUCGUGGGUGAUGUACAAAAUGUGUUCCUCUCGCUGAUACAAUUCUCAGUAAGAUCAAAUAUUUCUUUGAGAUGGCUUUACAUGCUGUAUCGGCACCUAUAUUUUGUACAUUGUCUAAUUAAAAGAAUGACUUUGAAAUACAUCACGUACUAACU